CACAAACAGACAAAUCAAACAACAAAUUUUCAACUCUCUCUUUUCUUUCUUCCCUCUCCUCCUCACUUUCCUCGUUUUGUUUUCUUUUCUUUUUCCUCACUCACUCACUUCACUUCACUUCUUUCUUUUCUUUCCUUCCUUUUUCCUUUCCUUUUCCUUUUCUCUCUCAUUUUUCUUUUCUUUCUCCCUCUCUCCCUCCCCUAAGUCCCUUUCUCUAGUUUUUGGAUUGGACUUUGGGGUUGGGGUCACUCAUUUUCCCUCUCAACACCUCGCCGGAAAAUCACCUACGAUUUUCUCGGCUGCCAAACGGGACAAAACACAAAUGUGAUUAAUGGGUAGUGGACUCUCCAACCUGUGUUCCUGCUUUGAACCGGUGAACCGGGAAAACGGACCGGACCACCACCACGUCGUUGAUUUCACGGCCACCGAGCCAUUGGACGAAACCCUAGGCCACUCCUUCUGCUACGUCAGAUCCUCCGCUCGCUUCAUCUCUCCGACCCACUCCGAUCGCUUCCUCUCACCUUCCACCUCGCUCCGGUUUUCCCCUUCCCAUGACCACCGAGCAACCCGACCCGAAUUUCACGAGACCGGGUUCAAAUCCAUUUCCGGCGCCGCCGUUAGUGCUAACAGCUCUGUUCCCAAGACGGUUAUUCAGCUAGAAGAGGACGCCGCCGCGGCGGAUACUGUUGCCACCAAGGGUAGUAUUGUCAAUGGGUUCGAGAGCACGUCGUUGUUCAGCGCUCUCCCGCUUCAGCCCGUGCCGCGAGGGGGGGAGCUUCUCGAGGGCGGUGGCGGGUUCUUCCUCUCCGGGCCAAUUGAGAGUGGGGCGCACUCUGGACCGAUUCACGGCGGUGCCGGAGGCGACAGCAGCGGUAUCUCCGGCGGCGGGGAUAUUCCAUUUUCUGCGCCGCUUGGGGGGAUGUACGCGAGGAAGAAGAAGCUGAAGGGUGUGUCGGGGUUCCGGAAGGCGUUUCAACGGAAGGUGCCGGAUAAGAAGCGGCCGUGGGUGGUGCCGGUGCUGAACUUCGUUGGGAGGAAGGAGGUUGCGGUGACCGAGGAGAAGCAUCCGGCGGCGGUGGAGGCGAGGAGCGAGAGCAAUAGCAACGUACAGUGGGCGCUUGGGAAGGCCGGGGAGGAUCGGGUUCAUGUGGUGGUGUCGGAGGAGCAGGGGUGGUUGUUCGUAGGGAUAUACGACGGUUUCAACGGCCCCGACGCGCCGGAGUUUCUGAUGGGUCAUCUCUACCGCGCCGUUCACAACGAGCUUCAGGGUUUGUUCUGGGAAGUCGAAGAAGAAGCAGCUCAGGAGAGCAACCUUGCAGGGCAGAGCGUAGCUGAGGUGAAGAGCAAGGAGGGAGAAGGUGAAGAUUCGGGUUCUGCUUCGGCGAAGAUGGUAGUGCAGGGAGCUGUAACGGGAACCGAGAGUAGACGGCGUAGAUUGUGGGAGCUUCUCGCUGAAGACCCCGAAGAUGGACUCGAUCUUUCUGGGUCUGACAGGUUUGCGUUUUCUGUUGACGAUGCAGUCAGCGUUAGCAAUGCCAAUGCGGGUUCUGCAGUUAGCAGACGGUGGCUGUUGUUGUCAAAACUGAAACAUGGGUUGACAAAGCACAAGGAGGGUCAUGGUAAGAAGUUGUUACCGUGGAAUUUGGGGACGGAGGAGAAAGAGAAGGUGGAGGUGGAGAGUAAUAGGGUGGAAGACCAGCCUAGUGGUGGCGGUGGUGGUGGGAAGAGGCGGAAAGUAGGUCCCGUGGAUCAUGAUCUGGUUUUGAGUGCGCUGUCUCGGGCAUUAGAAGUAACGGAGCUUGCAUAUUUGGAUAUGACGGAUAAGCUUCUCGACACAAAUCCGGAACUUGCUUUGAUGGGUUCUUGUCUAUUGGUUGCUGUUAUGAGGGAUGAGGAUGUCUAUGUGAUGAAUGUUGGGGAUAGCCGUGCUAUUGUUGCACACUACGAGCCCAAGGAGGUUGCUUCUAAUGUGGUGGAAUCUGGGAACAAGGGAGAUACCGGUUCCAGCACUGAGAGCAUUGUUGAGGAGCCCGUAGCUGAAAGUGCAAUCAAGUUGGGGAAUCAGCGUCGUGCUCAAGAAACGAGGUUGGUUGCAUUGCAACUGUCUACUGAUCACAGCACCAGCAUUGAAGAAGAAAUCAUUAGAAUUAAGAAUGAGCAUCCUGAUGAUAACCAAUGUAUAGUCAAUGAUAGAGUUAAAGGCCGUCUUAAGGUCACCAGAGCAUUUGGGGCAGGAUUUUUGAAACAGCCAAAGUGGAAUGAGGCAGUUCUAGAAAUGUUUCGUAAUCACUAUAUUGGCACUGCUCCAUAUAUAUCCUGCUGUCCUUCGCUGCGUCACCAUAAGUUAUGCCCAGAAGAUCAGUUCCUGAUCCUCUCAUCUGAUGGUUUAUAUCAAUAUCUAAACAACGAAGAAGUGGUUUCUCAAGUUGAGAGCUUCAUGGAAAAGUUCCCAGAAGGAGACCCUGCCCAACAUUUGAUAGAAGAACUGCUCCUCCGUGCCGCCAAGAAGGCUGGAAUGGACUUUCAUGAAUUGCUGGAUAUCCCACAAGGAGAUCGGAGGAAGUAUCAUGAUGAUGUUACUGUUAUGGUGAUAUCACUUGAAGGGAGAAUCUGGAAAUCUUCAGGAAAAUAUCUAUAAUACAUUCAACCUCGAAGAUGAUGCCAAAGUUUCACAGCUGGAUCCAUUUUUCAUGGAUCUGGGUUUUUUUUCCUCUGGUCUUAAAACCAAAAGUGAUCAACUGAGGAAUCUCAGAUUUUAAUGGCAGGUGGCCACCUUUAGAGCUCUAUCCAGAAUUAAAGAUGCUGAAUGCAUUUAGGUAUGAGCUAUAUCAGAAUGGACCUUGCUGAUGGGCUUUUGGGAAUUUUCGUUAGGAGUGGAGAAAAAAGUAUAGCCUUUUAAACUGUUUUCUUUUUGUUUCGCGGUUUCCAUUCUCCCUCUCCCCCUUUUUUGCCAGUUAUAGAGAUGAAAAAAUGAUAGAAAUUUUGCAUAGCGAAGGCCCUUUCUAUUUAUUUUUCUUUAUUUUUCUGUUUUUUUCUCUGGCAAGUGCCAAGGAAAAUGUGGGUGUACAUUGGUGGGGAUACAAGUGUAGUGAUUGAACUCGAGCGGUCCUUAGUCAGAAAUGACAAUCUGUAACUGAGGGUGGAUUUCCACCGUAGCAAAUUAACAUGAUUUAAAUUAGAGUUCUCUUAAA